UGCUGCAGGCGGAUGCCAUGCUCCGGAGGUAAUUCCCAGUGGCUCCCAUGCGGGAGCUUGGGAAAAUCCCACCCAAAGACCAAGAGCGAGCAAAGCGUUUGCCUGGAAGGGCAGAAAAACCGGGGAAUGACAAAGUCCGGGGCUGCCAGGAGAGACGGGCAGGGGGAGGAAAACCCCCGCUGCAACGUGGGGCUUGAAUUAAAAUUGGAUUUUGUGAGCGAGACCAGGGCGCAUGGUCCCUCCCCAAACUUCUUCCACUGUUUCCUCCCCAAACUCCCCCUCUCCUGCCCCCCCCCAGACCCUCAAACCCCAAAUAACCCCCCAGGCUGGAGGAUUCGCUGGUCCCCGGGACCCUUCACCCCCCCCCGGCAUCACCCUGCACUAAACCCAGCCCAAAAGGGUCCCGUUGGUGGGGGAUGGGUGGCAAAGCCACUGUUUCCACCCGAUUUCCGUCACCUGAGGAUGGAAAGUCCCACGGGGGGGGACACACACGUUUGGGACUGACCCCCCCGUCCCAGCUGGGGCAGGGCCACCUCUUGGGGUGCCUCCUCUGAGCAUCCCCAGCCCACCAGUCUGGGAGGGAGAGAAAAUCUCCCCAGACAGAGAGAAAAUCUCCCCGGCAAGCGGUUUUUCGGCCACCAUGUCCUACGGGCUCCUGGGGACCCUCCUGCUCCUCCUGCCAGGAGGUGCCUCGGCAGAGGGGGGACGGGUCCUGCAGAGCCCGGGGCAGCUCUGGGUGCCCCCCGGGGGGACGGCGGAGCUCAGCUGUCACGUCUCGGAAAUCAGCAUCGACGUCGACUGGUACAAGGAGAAGCCGGACGGCAGUUUGCACUGGAUUUACCAGAGCUCUAAUGACUCCCAAACAAAGGGAAAAUACUCGGGGAAGAAGAAAGAACAGCGGGAUUUUUCCCUCGCCAUCAGCCCCGUGCAGAGGGAGGACUCCGGGGUUUAUUACUGCAGUUCCUCCAUUUCCUCCACCUUCCAGCCCUCCUUUGGGAACGGGACCAGGCUCGUCGUCACCAAUGCCACCGAGCCCAAGCUCUCCAUCCUGGUGCCUGUCGAUGUGGAAGAACCCAGGGAGGUCCCGGCCAGCAUCCCCCUGCUCUGCCACCUCCGCGACCUCCCUCCGGGCUGGGACACCGUGCUCUGGCAGCCCAGCGGGGAGGUGACACCGGUGACGGCGGCGGCCGUGGACGAGGAUGGUGUCCUCAGCGCCUGGAGCAUCACCUGGGUCCCGGCCGAGCAGUGGGAUGGGGCUGCGGCGUGCACAGCCCUGAAGAGGGACACGGGCAGGACCCGCAGCGUCAGCAUCCAAGGAUGCCCUUCCUGGCCGCUGGCACUGGGGCUGUCCUGCGUCUGCCUCCUUUCCCUGCUCCAGCUGACCAUCCUGCUCUGCCGACGGCGCCUGGACAGAGACGGAGCCACGACCGUGCGGCGCUGAAAUGUUGCUCUGCCAAACCCCUUCACCUGCAAAAUGAGUUAAAAACCAAGAGAAAAGGGGAAAUCAUGAGAGCUGCGGGAUGGGAGCAGGGUGGGCACGGCCCCCCGUUGGCCGCCGCUCCCAAACCUCCACCAGUAGCUUUGCGAAUUGGCCCCAGGAGGAGUUUGCAAACUUGCAGCAGCUUCGCAAAAGCCAGGAGGGUUUUUUUUUCAGCCUAAUCUUUUCUGAUAGGAUUUGAGCGCCAGCCCCGGGACAAUUCCCUCCAGAUAUUUUCUAGCCUCUCGGGGGGAGAGUUUUUAAGCCGAAUUUUUUUUUGUUUUGGUUUGUUUUUUGUUUUUUUAUUCAUUUGUAAUCUCGAAAGCGAAUUUCACGGCUGCUCGUAGCCGGUGUCACGCACAAACUGCCUGGAAAGCUCAUUUUUGGUGGUUUACCAGCGAACAGGAGCAGCCACCGCCCUGUCACCGCCACCUAGUGCCACCGCGCUGCGGUCCCCGCGUCCCCUUCGGGUGGCCGGAGCAUCUCCAGGAGCUCCACCAUCCCAUUUUUCCCCCUUCCAGGGCAGCAGCGUGGGGGAAAGAACCUGUGCUUUUCUUCCCGUUGGGUUUCUCGGAAGGCCGUAAGCACAGGGGGGAGGGAGGGGAUGCUCGAUAGCAAUGGGAGAUGGCGUAAAAAUAAUAAAAUUCCUAAUUCCUGGGUAAGCAACUGAGGUCUUGGAUUUAUAUCGGGUUACGCCUUGCGGUAUCCUGCACAGCAGCCCUCAGAAAUUGCUGUUAAACAGCGGGAAAAAGUUAUUUUAACAUCAUAAAAUGUUAACACAGCAUCACCUCCCGCGGCUCCCCACGGCUGGGGACAGAAAGGGCCCCCGGUCUCCGCUGAAAACUGGGGGUGGGACAACGUGGGGUUAUAAAUCCCUCCUGCAUCACCCACACUGAGCGCGCCGGGAGCUGCGAGCGGGGACGAUGCCCCGAGGACGGGCGAGCUGCUGCCCCGCGGCAACCAACUGCGAAACCAGGAACCGUACGGUUUCGCUUCCGCCGAUUAAAGCUGGGAAAUGACGCGAUGCAUCCGAGAGCUGGGGACGGCGCUGAGCUCACUCGCACCCUCGUCCUCAAGCGCAAAACCCCCGGCCGCGGUGAGAGACCCCGACUCGCAGCCUGGCGGGGCUUCAAGAUGCUCAGAGCAUCCCCAGGACACAGCGCGAGGAGCAAGGGCCGCUUUUGCCAUCCCCCUUUCUGGAAAAGCCAUUAUUUUUUGGCUCUCAUGCUGCAUUUUCCCUCGGCAUCGCGCUCCCAGGCUGCUCCCUCGCUGUGGGACCUUUUACGGUUUGAUUGCAGCACGUAACCUUUAAUAAUUUAAAAAAAAAAAAAGAAGACGUAAAAGUAGAGAUUGUGCAAAAUAGGAAUUAGGUUUUGGGAAAGGAGCAUGGGAUCAGAGACGGGAAAGAUGUUGGUUUGGCUGCUUUUCUUGGCUGCUUGCUUUUGUGUUGCAAGGCAUAAAAAGUGAGUAAGAACAAACGUAAAAGGAAAAAGCAAAACAAAACAAUAGAGCUUUUUCUUUUUCCAGCCAGAAAUGCAACUCAAAACCUGUGCCCGCGUUUCCCCAGUGGUCGCCAGCACCCAAGGGCCAUCCCGCAGGGAUGCAGGAUGCUGCCGGGGAUGCUCAGGCUGGACACCGCAGUGUUCGGCAGAGAUUGGAGCACGGGGUUUCUUCGCCCCCUCGUAUCACCUUGGAGUGCGUUUUACCCAGCUCCCUCAGCGGCAUCUCCCCGCUGCAGGUAUUAGGUAUUAUUUUUCCCAAGUUUUGUCAAGUUUUACAUCUUCGCAUCCCACCACAAGGAGCUGUUCUCAGCCCCAAGCCAGCAAAUCCCUUUGAAUUCAAACUCCAGGCUUGCAAGCCACGAAGUCUGUCGUCCAGCCCCAUCCGCUCAUCUCAUAAAAAGCCACCACCACCCUCAUAAACCUUCCUUGCCCGUUCCCUCCCCAUCACUUCAAAACCAGAAUAUUUUAACUCUUUCACAGCUCGACAUCUCCCCACGCGCCUCCUGGCCGAGCUCCGGCCCCGGUGGGAUUCAUCCCCCCGAGCUCAGAUUUCUGCUUGGGUUGGGAUUUUGAGUUUUGCUGUUAUUUUUGUGGGUCGAGAGGAGGGUUUGGAGAGAUUCGCUUCCUGCCUGCUGGGUCGCUCGGCAUUCCUCUGUGCUUAACCCUUUGCCAAGCAUCUCCCCAUGGGUGGGAAAAGCCCCUUUGGCAAAGCACGUCCAGCCCCCGGAGGCUGCAAACCCUUUGGGGAUGUGCUUGAAAAAGUCUUCAGUUGGGUCCCCUCUUAGUCGGAAAAAAUAAAUAAAUCUGCCUUUGGAAAUCCUGGCCUUAAAAUCGAUGGGAAUCUUCAGCUUAAAAUCGACAGCAAUCCUCACCUUAAAAUCUAUAGGAAUCCUUGCCUUAAAAUCUACAGGAAUCCUUGGCUUGAAAUUUAUAGCAAUGCUUGGCUUAAAAUUGGUAGGAAUCCUCAUCUUAAAACGGACGGCAAUCCUUGCCUUAAAUUCAAUAGGAAUCCUUGCCUUAAAAUCAAUAGGAAUCCUCGGCUUAGAACUGACAGCAAUCCUUGGCUUAAAAUUGAUGGGAAUCCUUGGUUUAAAAUCGUUAGCAAUGCUUGGCUUAAAAUUGAUGGGAAUCCUCGGCUUAAAAUCGAUGGGAAUCCUUGUGUUAAAAUCAGCAGGAAUCCUCGGCUUACAACCGACGGCACAGGGGUGAGGAGCGCAUUCCCUGCCGCUGCUCUCCUUGGCCGGUUGCCCCGCGGGUGCCCGCACCCGUCCCACCCCCAGCUGGGGGUGGGAAACCACCGGCUGCAGCCCCUGCCCCCCCUUCCCCCCCCAGGUCUCGUCUCAGCGCAGCUGUUUGCCAUUAAACUCCCUCGCCCCGCUGAAAAACUCGCUUCCGUUUUCUCAUCUGCAAAGGAGAGGAAACUCCCGAGCCCGCAUCCCGCGGGGGCAGGCACCCAGCGAGGGGGGCGUCGGGGGUCCGUGCUGGGGGAGCAUCGUCCUCUAGGCCAUUUUGCUGGAGAAAAUGGAAACACAGGGCUGGGAAAAGAUUUUUCGGACCGGCAGGAAGCGCCUUGGGGGGUGGUGGGUGAAGACAAGGCAAGAGCGGGGUCUGCGCCUCCUCCCAAGGUGGUCCCAUGUUCAACCACCCUCCUGGGAAAGGGUUCUCCGAAUCUUCCUCGUUACGAAUUUCUUCUUGUCCUAUCUCAAAAUAAAGCUCCUCUCCUACUCGUGAAGACUUUCCUUGCUCAUUCUCAGUUUGCCAACACCCACCUCCUGCACCACACCCCAGAGCCCCCAGAACACACCGUCACCCAUCGCCCUCAAGAGACCAGUUGGGAGAGGAAACGGUCUUGGGUGAAGUGAUUUUUAUCGCUGCGUAAGCAAUAAAGUCACCGCGAUCUCAGCACUCCCCGGCAGGAAACCCGCGGUGUCGAGCAGCCCCCACCACACGUUGCCCAGGAACUGAUUUUAUACCUGAUUUACCUCCCGCUCCUUCUAUUUCCCCAUCGCUUCACACCCCAGUUAACACCAGUUUCCACCAGCGUCGCAUCAUCUCCUAAGGGAAAGCCUUCUGCGCCAGUAUUGGCUCUUCCCCACAAAGCAGAAGAGCCUUUUUUUUUUUCCCUACCCAUUUCUCUUCCAUUUUUAGAGGAGAGAGGGAAACAAGCAGCGCCAUCAGCAGGUCCCAAGGCAGCACGCCCUGCGGAUGCAGGAACAGAAACUGACCGCAAACGCGGGGGCUCCUACAGCAUCCCAACCCGGCUGUUUCUACCGAACCGCCAGGAUAUAAAAUAAGCCUGUGACCAUUUGCAUUUCUUCUUACUGACGGAGAAACUGAGGCCUGGGAAGGUGAAAUGAAGCCAAGAAAAAAAUCCCCCAAGACUUUAAGGGAAGUCAGGAACUGAAUCUGGCUCCCAGUCGUCAGCUCUGCCUUUGCCUCCCAAUUGCCGCCUUCUCUAGACUAGAAGGAUUUGCUAUUAAUAACUUCCGUUAUGCUCUGCUAUAACAUAAUCAAAACCAUCCUCCCUAUUUGCAAGUGCAUCCAGCGGCACUAACCCUCCCUGGGGAGUAACUUCCCAAGAUUUGCAACUCGGCCAUCAGCAAAGUCCUCGUGAAGGGAAAAAGUCUUCCAUCGCCGGAGCGGCAUGACGGGCACCGCGCAUCUCCUGUCCCGCACGGGGCAACCUUGAGCCCAGCCCGCCGCCGCACCCCUUGGCAAAUUGCAGAAAAGCUCGUUUUUUCCCCACGGAGCGCAGAGGCUGCUCAGUCCAACCCUUGCAAGAGUCAUUUCCUGCCUCCGCUGGGACGUCUCAAGAAAUUCCCGAGCAGCAGUGCCUGGCCGCAUCGGCGGACGACACCGAAACAUAGGAUGACAAACUUUUUAAUUGCAGCACUCCUGGUUCUUCAUUUUUUACUGGGGAAUGCUGAGACAGAAGAUGAGGAGAUAACAGAGUUUUUAUAUGACUACGCAUCUCGUUUCGGUGAUUACUUAUAUGCAACUGUAGAUUAUUACUCUGAGAACACCACGUUAAUACCCACCAUGUAUCUGUAUGAGACUUUCCAGGAGUCUCAUGAGUCGGUGGGAUCGCCCCUCCGGUGCCACCUCCCCCUCGUCAUCCUCCUCAGCCUCCUGGGUUUCCUGCUAUGACCCCCCGUGCUCCUCCUCACAAGAGGCUGAAGCUCACUGGCAUCCCAGGUGCAGACGAAAUCCCUGUCCUGCCACAAGCGUGGCUUGAAACACAAUAGGAGGACGUGGCAACCACUUCCUCACCUUUUCCCCUCGUUUCAGACGCGAUGAUGGCUUUGAUGAAGAAAAGAACAUCGUCACUGCGUUGGAAAUUACAUCCUCUAAACGAAGCGGUCACCUCUGUUUUUAGUGCGGUUGUGACUUUAUGUACAAAGUUUUCAAUAGAUGGACGAUGCCGUCCCGAGCCAUAAAAGUUGUGCAAACACUGAAGAGCUUUGUAAUGACUAGGUUCUUUCCUAUUUCCUAUUAUUCUGUUGUAAAUAUGAACUCCUGCCAAUAAAAUCACUAACAAUCAGCGUUCGGUCUCUAG